CGCUGAAAGAAUCGGUUCCGUACACUAAAUCCAAAUACCAGUACGCAAAUACACAGUGAUGGGUGCAGAUAAAUAUUCUAUCCUUUUGCCAACCUACAACGAGCGGGAGAAUCUUCCGAUCAUCAUAUGGUUAAUUGUAAAAUAUAUGCAAGAAGCUAAAAUCAAUUACGAAGUUAUUGUCAUCGACGAUGGCAGUCCCGAUGGAACACUGGAGGUGGCCAAGCAACUGCAAAAGAUAUAUGGUGAGAACCGCAUUUUGCUCCGACCUCGAGCCGCCAAACUAGGUCUCGGCACGGCCUACAUUCAUGGGAUAGAGCACGCCACCGGUAACUACAUCAUCAUCAUGGACGCCGAUCUGAGCCAUCACCCAAAAUUCAUUCCACAGUUCAUAGAACUGCAGCAGCAAGGCAACUAUGACGUAGUGUCCGGCACGCGCUACAAAGGCUCCGGUGGUGUGUAUGGAUGGGACUUUAAACGAAAGCUGAUAUCGCGUGGCGCCAACUUUCUUUCGCAGCUGCUGCUGCGUCCGAACGCGUCGGAUCUGACCGGUUCGUUCCGCCUGUACCGUAAGGAAGUGCUGAAGGAGCUGAUAUCGCGUUGCACUUCGAAAGGAUACGUGUUUCAAAUGGAAAUGAUCGUGCGAGCACGUCAACUGCAUUACACUAUCGGUGAAGUGCCAAUAUCAUUCGUCGAUCGUGUCUACGGUCAAUCGAAACUGGGUGGCUCGGAGAUCGUGCAGUUUGCCAAGAACUUAUUGUACCUGUUCGCUACGACGUAGGUCCGGUGAAAGGCGUGAAAAACUCGUUUCUUCUUGCAUCACCGAUGUCAUCUUGUACGAAUCACACACAAAGCCCCGCAGAUAAAUAGCUUUCAAUAGUUUUGUUUUCACCAAACGAAUCCUACACUCACUCCCUUGAUUAUUUGUACACCACUAGAAACGAGCUCCAUCAUCCGGUCCAUCGGUCCCGGUUAGUGGUGGGAAGAAUCGGAAGCUGGCGCUUUUCCGUACUGCUUUUCCCACCAGACGACGUACUCUUCCUUGCGCUUUUCGCGGCGCGCAAAAUAGUCCGGGAACUGUGCCUUCUCUAGGGGGUGCCAAUAAUCGAGCACCCAGUCCGGUGGGAUCACUUCCCGCUCGAAAGCCACACCUCCAGGGGACAUUGG